ACAUGACGUCACAUAACUACGAGGUGUUUGUAGCAACCAGGAUUCUUCAUUCGGUUACAUUUGCCCAGGCUACUUCUUCAACUCGGUGUUUUAACCUUAACAUAUUUUAAGUGUAGAAUUAUUUUCUGGUUAGUGAACGUCGGUGCUAGAUGGACAAGGAGGACAGUCAGGAGGUCGAAAAUGUCCCGCUUAAAACCAGUGAUGUGUACAAAGUUGAUAAAAGUCUUCCUGAGAGGUUUAACCAUCCUGACUGCUUCCGAGGCUACAGCAAGAGGGUGAACAAUCCACUCUACCAGACCACAAACCAAAUAUACGGCAGCAAGAAACCUACAGUCCAUGAAAUGCCUGUGACUUUCAACGGGAGUUAUCGCAAAUUUUCUGACCCUCUGCUGAAGAGCGGAAUGUACCGAGAUAACGGUUUCAACACGUCCCUGGAGAAGAGCAUCGUUUCGCGGCCAGGCACCACCCCCCUCCUCCCCGCUCCACACCACCCCCCCCUCUCCUGCCAGGCCCACGCCAAGGAGGGAGUGAGCAAGCCAUGAGAUGUGUGUGUGUGUGUGUGUGUACAUCUGGCUCGGUGGCGGGACUUUACGCGUUGCCACACUGCACCUGCUCCUUUGGAUGAAGCUCAAUAAACACUGGACCUGUGAUGUCACGCCAUGACUUAGAUAGAUUUGAGAGUUUAUGCAUUAUGUGUGUGUGUGUGUGUGUGUGCGUGUGUACAUCUGGCUCGGGGGCGGAAGUUAAUGCAUUCUGUUAGAGCUGCCGUUUGCACGAGGGCUCAGUUUGUGCAGUUGAGGAUGUUCUUGAGUGAGUCUAAUCCAGUGUUUUGGGAUCAGACUGUGUGUGUGUAUCUUGGUUUUAGAGCAUUUAACCACCUACCUCGGCUCUGUUCAUGAAGAUGCUGGAUUUUAGUACCUAAUUCUAUUUGUUAAAUUAAAAUAAACAUGGUACCACAAAAUCUA